UCAGGCUGAGACCACGAGCUUUGGCUUCUGCUUUUAAGUUUUGUAUUUAUAUUGCGUGCCGGGUGGCCUAAGGGCAAGUCAAUGUGUGUUUCUGUAUAUUUAAGCUUAUUAUAGCCUGGAUUUUGACACGAGCGCUCUAUGUGGCUUUGAGCACCUGCUAAUAUUUAGCCACUCUGUUAUCCUAUUAAAUAUAGGCCUAUAUACUUUAUAUUUAACCAGUUUAGAUGUUCCCCCGAUAAAUCCAAUCAGCUUUGGAAAUAAAUGUAAACAAAAACACCCUCUCUGCCAUCUUUUUCUCCAACACCAGCCGACUCCGUUCAGCUGGGCAGGACCACCCCGAGGGCUCGCGCUCAGAUACGUCACGACGGAUCAAACAGCUACCGGCUCAUGCAGCUCGGCUGUCUGGAAUCCGUGGCCAACUCCUCGGUCGCCUACUCCUCCUCCUCGCCGCUCACCUACCCAGCACCGGCGGGGACGGAGUUCGCAUCGCCCUAUUUCUCAGCUAACCACCAGUACACACCCCUGCACCAUCAGUCCUUCCACUACGAGUUCCAGCACUCCCAUCCAGCCGUGGCCCCGGAGGCCUACGGGCUGAAUUCGCUGCACUCGGGCCAGUACUACCAGCAGAUCCACCACGGAGAGCCCGCCGACUUCAUCAAUCUGCACAACGCGCGCUCAGCCCUCAAGUCCUCGUGCUUGGAUGAGCAGCAGCGGCGCGAGCUGGGCUGCCUGGAUGCUUACCGGCGCCAUGAUUUGUCUCUGAUGACGUCACACGGCUCACAGGCCUACGGCGUCGGUAUGCACCACCCGGACCAGAGGUUGCUGCCUGCCGCUGGCCUGGGCCUCCCUCCGCCCGCGGGAGACGACCUGCAGGGCUCCGUGGAAGCGCAGUGUGGGCUCGUGCUGAACGGCCAAGGGGGUGUCAUCCGGAGAGGGGGAACAUGCGUUGUAAAUCCUACAGACCUGUUCUGCUCAGUACCCGGUCGACUUUCACUGCUCAGCUCCACCUCAAAGUACAAAGUCACCAUCGCUGAGGUGAAAAGAAGACUGUCCCCUCCAGAGUGCCUCAACGCCUCCCUACUGGGUGGCAUACUCCGCAGAGCAAAGUCCAAGAAUGGCGGCAGGUGUCUUCGUGAAAAAUUAGACCGCCUAGGCCUGAACUUGCCAGCAGGACGGAGGAAAGCUGCCAACGUCACACUGCUCACCUCCUUGGUUGAAGGUGAGGCGCUCCACCUGGCGAGGGAUUUUGGUUACACCUGUGAGACAGAGUUUCCCAGUAAGGCAGUCGGGGAACAUUUGGCGAGGCAGCACAGUGAGCCAAAAGAAACCAGUGCACGCAAGAAAAUGGUUCUAGCUACAAAGCAAAUCUGUAAGGAGUUCCAGGACUUAUUGAGCCAAGAUCGUUCUCCUUUGGGCUCCUCUAGACCAACCCCCAUCCUGGACCUGGACAUCCAGAGACACCUCACACACUUCAGUCUGAUUACUCAUGGUUUUGGCACACCGGCAGUCUGUGCAGCUCUCAGCACCUUCCAGACAGUCCUGAGCGAGAUGCUUAACUACCUGGACAAAAACUCAAGCGGGAAAACAAGUGGACCCAAUGACCAACAGAUCAACAACAGCUCAGAAAAAACGCAGCUCCGGAAAACAGCAGAAUCCCAGAGCAAAGAUGGAAAAUCAGAAAAGACUGAGUAGCCCCCACCCACCUGGUCCCCGUGCCUUGGAGCGCUGCAUUUAGGAGAGUGUCUGUGUAUGUUUGUCUGUGUGUGUGUGUGUGUGUGUGUGUACGCUCAUAUUGGAUUUGUUAAUUCUUAUGCAUUACUGUAUUUUCUUUGGGACAUAUUUAUUGUUAUUAAUUUAUCUUAUGUUGAGCUGUAACACUGACAUAUCCGUCCCAGACAAGGCAUCUGGAUGUGUUGGUGAAACAUUCUGUGUCUUAUUAAGAAGGAACUUAGCCAUGGAGACAGAUGUUACCCAUUCAUGAUUUUUUAUUUAUUUACUUAUUCUGAAAACAGAAUAAAAGCAUCUUUAUUUUCCAGGUCAGGGGUGUGAGCUGCCAAGUCAAGAAAAGCAUUGGGUUUGGGACAAUCUGAUUCAAAUGACCAAGUUGUGAAUAUAAUUUGCAAUAAUACAGACACUUAAAGUGUUUUCUUCCUGUGAAGGUUCAUUCAAUCCUUGCUAAAUCAUGAGGAGAAAUCUCUGAUUAUUAACCAAGAAAUUCCCAAUUUUCUUUCAUGUUUUCUGAAAUUAAAUCAUUUAUCUUCCUGGUAUUUUUAGCAGAUUAAAUUCAAUGCAAACACAAGCACCCUCUGUACUUGCAAGAGCACUUGAACCACACCAAGCAGUUUUGUUAUUUUUUUGUUUUUACUGGCUACAAUCAGUGCCAUAGCCUGUGUGUUUACCAUGUGGAUGGUAGA